AUGAACAAUAACAACAGAAUAGGAGUUGAUGAUGAUGAUGAUGAUGAUUCUGAAACAGCUAGUUCGAAUGCGACUGAAUCAGAAACAUUAUGUGAAUGUUUGAAAAGAAGAAAAGUGAUGUGGAUCAUAUUUACUAUUAUUGUACUUGCUAUAAUUAUAACAAUUCCAAUUGCUAUCAUCAAAACAAAAAAGACAAACAAUGAAAACACAUCAACAGCAGAAGAAACAACCACUGAAAUAAUAGUAAUAACAAAAACAGAAUCAACUAAAACAUCAACAAGAACAUCAACAAAAUCAACAACAUCAACGUCAACAACAGCGCCAAUGGCAACAUCAUUAACAACAAAAACCACGUUCACAACGACAGCUACAUCAUCGAGUGAGUUUGGAUCACAUAUCGGAGCUAGACAUGAAUCGAAUCCAAAUCGUUUUGGUUUUUUCACAGGUUUUACAGCACGGUGGAACUCUAAUGGCGCGACUGUGGCUGGCAAUGCGGGCGGUACAGAAGGAGAAGGUGCAAAUCAAUUCAAAGAACCUUAUGUUUUGAUAUUUGAUUCAUCAAAUGCUCUCUAUAUCUCUGACUUGGGUAACCAUCGGAUACAAAAAUGGAUCAUAGGUAGCUCAGUAGGUGUGACCGUUGCCGGUCAGGCAGAUGGAACAUCAGGUCCUUCGUCUACUACUCUUAAUCAACCAAUCGGUCUUGCAAUCGACUCAAGUAACAACAUGUACAUCGUAGAUAAAGCUAAUCACCGAGUUAUGUACUGGGAAAAUGGUGCAUCAUCUGGUUCGAUGAUCGCUGGAACAGGUUUCUCUGGAAGUACAAACUAUCAGUUUGAUAAUCCUAAUAUAAUUCAACGUGAUUCGAGCUCGGGCACCCUGUACAUCAGUGAUGUAGAAAACCACCGUAUCAUGCAAUAUCUUAACGGUAGUUCAUCAGGCACUGUAGUAGCUGGUGGAAAUAGUUACGGGACCGGCAGCACUCAGUUAUGGAAACCAUACGGAUUUACUCUGGAUUCAUCGACGAAUAGUUUAAUAAUUGCCAACGGUGCUGCUCAUACUAUAGUUCGUUGGGUGAUAGAUGAUACUAGUUGGACACUUCUUGCUGGCAGUAGUGGAGUAAGCGGAUCUUCGCCGACACUUCUAAAUGGUCCAGUUGGUGUAGCAGUAGAUCGAUAUGGAAAUAUAUACGUAGCUGAUACAGGAAAUCAUCGUAUUCAAUUUUUUUUAGCUGGUCAAUCUAGUGCUACUACAAUAGCCGGUAUUACUGGUUCGUCUGGCACAAGUGCUACUCAAUUAAAUAGACCCUAUGGAGUAACACUAGAUAGCCAAUUCAAUUUAUACGUGGCAGAUAGCAGUAAUCAUCGAGUGCAAAGAUUUCUACAUUAUUGA